GGUGAUUAGGUUCACUUAUAGCAAGUUGUUGGCCGAGAUUAAAAGAGAGAAACAUGACAAAGGACAAAGACACGAAGAAGUCUUGAUCAAGAUCAAACAACCAAAAUGCGGUGCCAUAGUCCGUACAAAAGACCAUAAGAAGAAGGCCACACGUCUUGUGGAGAUCGAAGAGCCAUCGGAUCAAAGUGCCAUCUAUCUACGACAAAUGAAAGCGGAAAUAUGUUGCCGCAUUGAAGAUAAAAACCCUUUCCUUAAGAAAACAGCAACAGCAUAG